UGCGUGAAUUGGCCUUCCCACACACAGAGCAUGCUAAUAGAAGGUCUCAACCACAGGCCAUUAAAAGAGCUGGCAGAUGAGGCAAUCAAGUUGAGGUUUAAUUGUGUACGACUCACGUAUGCAACUCAAAUGUUCACUCGUUAUGCAAAUAGGACAGUUGAAGAGAAUUUUGACCUUCUCGAUUUAGAGCAAGCAAAAGCCGGAUUGGCUCAAUAUAAUCCUUUUGUGUUGAACAAGACUAUUGCUGAAGCCUAUGAAGCUGUUGUUGAUGUGCUUGGAGAGAGUGGUUUAAUGGUGAUUGCCGACAACCAUAUGAGUCAGCCAAGAUGGUGUUGCUCUCUUGACGAUGGCAAUGGAUUUUUUGGAGACCGCUAUUUUGACCCUCAAGAAUGGCUACAAGGUCUUAGCUUAGUUGCUCAACGCUUUUCCAAGAAAUCAACGGUGGUUGGAAUGAGCCUACGAAACGAGAUACGAGGAACCAAUGAAAAUGCAAAUGAUUGGAACAAUUAUGUUACUCAAGGAGUAACAACAAUCCACAACAUUAACCCAAAUGUUUUAGUGAUUGUUUCGGGCCUAAAUUUUGAUAAUGAUCUUUGA